UGGCGGCAUCGCGGGAGCCGGCGCUGUUGGUAAACAUCGCCACUGGGGAGACAAAGGCGGCCGGGCGUAGUCCUGGCCGCCUACCGCCUCGUGUGCCGUGCCGGCCUUCACAGGUGGCGGAAGGAGAAGCAAUGAUGCUCGCAGUAACCAUACAGAUACUGCUGGCGCUGCAUGCCGCACUGGCGAUGGAGCUGUGGGGGCCGCGGGAGCUGCGCGCCGUGGAGGGGGCGCCAGUGCUGCUGCUGCCAUGCGACUUCCGCUCGGUGGCGCCGAUCUCCCCGCUGCUGCGCGUCGUGUGGCAGCGCCGGGACUCGCCAGAGCACCCCGCACAGCCGGUGCUGCUGCUGGAGGGGCCGAGCGACUGGCGCAGCGCGGGGCCUCUGCGUGGCCGUGCUCGCUGGGCGGGCCGUGUGACCGAGGGCAAUGCCGCGCUGGAGCUGCUGGCGCCGCAGCCGUCCGACUCGGGCCUCUAUUUGUGCGAUGUCCUCAACCUCCCCGACGUGGACGGCGUGCCGACCCGCACGCAGCUCGUUGUGCUCGCGCGCGCGCCGACCCCCAGACCUACCAAUAGGACGCGACCGGAGUCGGAGUCUGACUCGCCCACGCCCACGCCGCCCGCGCACGCCACCGUGGAGAGCGAGCGACGCGAGAGGGCGUGGGGAAACGUGUCGUGUGCGGGGUCUGGCGCCAUGCAGUUUGUGCUGGCUGGUGCGGGCCUUCUGGUGGGCGUGGCCCUGCUGGCCGCAGCGGCAGCGCUCGUGAAGAGGUCACGGAGGAAGGCGACGAGGAGUCGAUUCGAGGAGCCAGAGGAGCACGGGGAUGGGAGCACCGUGACCCUGGUGACCUCGUGAGGGCAGCACGGCGGACCCUCCCUAGAAAAACAAAAACAAGUCUUGAGACUCGGGCGGCUUUCCUGGAGUGAAACGAGCGGAAUGAAAGCUGCUAAUACCGCACUCGAAUAAGCCUUGUACGUCAGACCACACUCGCGCUCUCGAAUAAAUAAGCCUUGUACGUCAAACCACACUCGCGUUCUUCAUAGAGCGGUUCAAAGGCUCACCGCAACUCGUCUCACAAGCCGCCAAAGUCACGAAUGCAAAUCCAAAGGUGAGGGUUCAACUUACGGGGCCCACUGUCAUCUUUUUAAAUCGUCGCCAUCCCCUUCUCUGGGGUUUGUAAAAUAAAAAACCGAGCUUCACCCGUGUCAAAAAAGUCAACGGUGGGUCGUCCCACAACAAUAAAUCUGUUUAUGCCAUGGGAACGUGUAAUUUCUCCCGCUGGCUUGAGAGAUCCUCCCAGAGAGAGACGUUGUGACCUGCAGUGUGGAAGGCGGGUGAGCGAGCGAUUGGGCGAGUUAAACUAAAACGAAACUUUUAUGUUACCAGAUAAGGCCCACUAAGCUGCUAUGUAACUCUUUGAGAAGUGACCUGGCCAUAAAUGAUAGCUCAACGAAGUGGCUUAUGGGGAAAUGUAUCGCAGCCAAAUACUCUAAACGCCUAAUGUUGAUUCUAAAUGUGGAAGAAAAAACUGGACGACCCGGAGAAAAAUCCACGCGGCCACGGGGAGACCAUGCAAACCCUAAAUAUACAGGAAUCGGGAUCGAACCCACGACCUCUCUACCAGGCGAGAUAGUUAACAUCUCACCACCGAGUCAGUGGCUAAGUGGAUGUGAGGAGUGGUAGUGU